AUGUCGCUGCUUCGGCUUCACAUUCCACAAAGCGAAGACAGAAUAAGUGCUUUACCCGACUCUGUGCUCGAUCGCAUCCUCUCAUUCCUUCCAACAAAACAAGCCGUCGCCACAGGCAUCCUUUCUAAACGUUGGAAACCACUCUGGCGCUCACAGCUCAGCCUCUACUUCAAUGACAGAUCCUUUCCAAACAAUUUCGCCUUUUGCCAAUUCUUCUACUCCUUCGUCACCAUGCGACUGCGAGAAAGCAUCCUACCUAUCCUCUCAUUCCACCUUCAUUUUCACUACUGCUUCUGCCACCAGGAUUUCUACAAUUUUCUUUAUGUGCCCGUUACAAGAGGAGUUCAAACCCUAAUCAUCCAUAUCUCCCGUUCAGAUUACUCUACCUCAUUGCCUUCUUUCGUUCUAACCACCGCAACGUUGUCCGUCCUCAAAUUGAAGAGGAUAACAUUGGACCACGUUCCAUGCGUUGAUCUUCCCAAUCUCAAAGUCCUUCACAUGAAAUAUGUGACUUUCCCAUGUUAUGAAUAUCUGGAAAAACUUCUAUCUGGCUGUCCCAUUCUACAGGAGUUGGAAACAAAGGGUCUAAGAAAGAAGAUCCCUAAUGAGAAGUUUGAUUUAGAUUUUGCAAUACCCAAUUUGGUCGGAGCUAACAUUUCCGGUGAUAUCACGAUUGGGCUUGAGUGGCUUCAUAAUGUGGAGCGUCUCCAGAUACAACUGAAUUGGAGACCCAUUACUAGUAUAAGCGGCAUGUUUCACAAUUUAACCCACUUGGAGCUUAUAUUCAACUUUCACUAUCCAUCAUUGGUGAGUUUGAAGUGGCCUUGGCUCAUAAAACUGCUUCAAAAUACCCCCAACCUUCAAACUCUUAUCAUUGAUCAGGUUCACGUAAUACGCCGUCACUAUGUUAACAAAUGGGAGGACCCAGAAGUUGUUCCAGAAUGCCUUUUAUCUCAUCUUACAACAUGUGAACUUAGAAAUUACAAUCACAUAAAUUGUGAGCUUCCAUUUCCAAAAUAUAUAAUGCAGAAUUCAAGACUACUAAACACCAUGGCAAUUCAGACUGCCAAUUUCGUAGACAGAAAUACAAAGCUUCAAAUGUUAAUAGAUUUAUCUUCCUGCCCAAGGAUUUCACCCAGAUGUAAACUUUUAUUUACUUGA